UUGUUCACAGUGGCUAAGUUCUUCACUUGUACAGAGAUGAUGAGGGUGUAUGACAAAGAAUCUGUAGUUCCUCUCUAAUUGAAGAUUUAUGCUCAAACUGUAAAAAGUGACAUUUUCUUUCCCUUUGCUUUCUUUUAGCUUAUGAAUAUCUGAAACAUUCAAGGAUAUGGCAGAUGGCAAUAUUUGAUUUAGUGUCAAUUGAAAAAGAGCAAAGCCAACAAUGAAUUGAUCCUACUAACAGGUAUUGUGUGUGUAUCCAAAGCCUGAUAUCUCUUCUUUCACUUUGCCAUAGAGCUCCAUUGUAAAAACAAAUCAACGAGCCACUGUCACAUGUUGGUUUAUUUUAAAAUCGAUCCCACUGCCUUGCUGCUAUACAUACAUAUUCAAAUGUGUAUUAAUCCGCAGCUGAAAAUAGUCCCUAACAAAUGCACUAUUAACUCCCGUUUGAGUAACAGUAGCUAAAAACUACAGUGCCCAGCUUUUUUUAGCACACACUGAGCCUUAUGGAAAAAUGAAACUUUGUAUUUGUAUUUGUGAGGUGUUGUUUAAAGACUGAGUGGCACAGACAGGAUAGGGAAGUCAGAAAGUAUGGAGAAAUGGACUAACACAUUGUUGGUUUUGGUCUUUGUUGGGAUUUGUUUACAAUAACAAUAAUAUAGGAUAACACUAGCCCUUUCAAUUAUGUUCCUUUUUACAAUAAAGCACCCUCUCUAUUCAAUAAGAGUCAUGAUCUCAAGUUCAACCCGAUUGAAGGCCCAAUAUAAACCAUUCUGAUAGUCCCAGAGUAAAUAAAUAGAUUAAAUCUCAAACAGGACGUGGGUUUGCUGGUCUUUAACUUCUUAACAUUUAUAUCUGCAGAACACAUUUGAACCACAUGAGGGAGCCUGAAUUGUAGCCCACUUAUGACAUUGCAUCUAUUAUGAAAGGCUAGUUUACAUUCUGUUAAGUCCGCCGAAAUGUAUUUGUUUGGUCUCAUUUACAAAGUAUUUUAGUACAUGUUUUCAAUAACACAUGCAUUAAACGAAGUUGGCUAAUCAAAUGUAUACCUCUUUGACAUGGUUUAACUAUUUUGUACCUCUUCAAGAUAAUAUAAUGUGGUGUAGAAAUGGCCAGGAGCGUUCAAUUAUGCAAAAAAAUAAAUCUCUGAUCACGUUUCAUAGUUAAGGCCUGUUGUGGAUUGGGUCACAAUUAUGUGCCAUUUUAAAAGGUGAAAAAAGGUGAAAAAAGGUGAAAAAAAGUUUAGAACGCUUAGAACAUUGCUCUAUCUUUCUUAGUACCAAAGGGCAUAUGGAGGGAACUCUGUUUUUAAGGUUCUGUAUUUGAUGAAAAGAGCAACCAGCCAAAAAGUCUUUAUAACGAUGAAUAUUGACACUGUUUAUCUGUUCUCUUUGCUUUCCAAUUUCGAAAUGAUGGAUGGUACCAACAAAAAGCUGAAGAUGAAAAACAUUUGUACAUGCGAUAAACCAAUAAAUUAAUAAGAUUCCGUCUAUUCCAGGAUCAGUAUCUCUUGUAUAAAAAAAGUAUUGUAACAAUAUUCACUUUUAUAUAAUAAGAGUUAUAUCAUGAUGGGAGCUCAUGUGGGACAAAAAGGUUGGGUAUCCCUGUGAGUAUCUUCAAGCCCCACAACAAGACAAAUGGAUACAUAUCAGUGAAACACAUUUGUGUUCUCACAAAUUAAAAGCCUUUGGAUAAACUACUGGAUUUUUAUAAUCGUCUAACAAGAUCCACAUCUCAGCCAUGAAAAGAUUAUUUCUAUCCUCUGUCUGCUUGUGUCGGUACUCUUUUUUUCGGGAUAAGAUCAUUUACACCUGCAGGUUUAUCAGAUGUUAAUCUGCGGUUUUGUAACUCCUCUCCCUUUGUUGUUUGUCAUUCUGACUGACAAUUUGCAAUGGUGCCAGUCGAGCUCGUCCCUGAGAAAUUAAAUUAAGUUUCUCUUUGACAAUUAGAAGAUUAUAGUCAACGGCAAGAUUAUGUUUAUUUUUCCUUAGGACAGAUGGAAACACAUGAGAUAAUAUCACAAUAUAAAAUAAAUUUCAUUGGAAAUAUAAAGAUGGAUUGAUGUUUAGCGGCCUGCUUUUAAUUCCAAUAAAGGAAAUAUGUUUGGCAUGGAAAUUAAAUCCCGGCUCAGUUUUGUAUAAUGUGCAGAAUUUGACACUUUGAAUGGAACCACCAGAGGGCCACAUGUGGAGUCAUUACUCCGAGGAAACAUCUGGCCUCCCUCUUGUGCCUUCUGAGCUGAUAGCAGUUCGACCAAACACACUGGCUCAGUUCAGCAGGAACAGGAGUCUAGUCUGCUGCAGCCAUUGUAUCAGUGAAGGAGAGAUUGACAUUAGAUAAGAGAGGAAUCUCUUCUUGUUCACAAGUUCCACAUUUUUUUCUAUGUUCGGGAUUAUUUAAGGAUAGUUUAUGCUCAAUGAUUAUUAGAUACUGUCCACACAAUACAUUAUUCUAUAUUAAUACAUAUAUGUCAUAAGAUUGUCUGCCUGCAUUCUGUACCUGCAAAUGAUGGUAUUGAAAAGUGUCUAGCUGUAGGUUGUCCUCAGUGUAUUCAGUAUCAUGAAUGUACAAUGCUCUGGUUAUGGGAAAAUACAACAGCACACUAUUAUUUACACCUAUUCUGGUAAUAGAUGUACUACAGUAAGAAUGUUCUGUUGUCAUUUGUUAGCGGUGUUCAUGCCGUCAUGACAGCAUACUGAGCUCUGGCAAAGACUUUGAAAAUAGACCUAACCAACCAUUAACACUCUGAUGAACAACCAAAAAUCGAAUUACUAUGAUAAAUUAUUAAAUUAUAACAAUGUAUCAAUUUAUUGGAUUUAAAUAAAAAAUAAAAGAAUAAUAAUACAUAGAUACAUUAACAUUUUAGUUAGUAUAAAUGUGCUUCCAUUAGUGGUUCAUAUAAUUAGAUUGAGUAGAAUGGUCAAAGUAAAUAUUGAAGUAGCCAGACAUGGUUUGAUUCCAAAAAUUAUUCCCAAACUGCUUUUUAAAUGAUUCGAACUCGACUUUUUUUUUUUUUUAAUAACACUUUACAUUUAAUCACAUUUUAGGGUACAACACCCAAAAGUAGAACAAGCUAAGAUGUAACUGUUGAAUAGAUGCUGUAGCGCUUCAUCUCUCCUAGGGGGCAGAAGUCUUCCUCGACUCAUCACACGAAGAAGAAAUGAGCGGAACAGCAACAUGAGCGGAACAACUUGCCCAUUGCAGAAAAGAAAGAUUUGCUUUAUUGAAAACUAAACUACAACAUCAAAUCAGUUACAAACAUGUUCAGCCUGGAGACUUUUGAGAGCCAGAUAUCUGCUCUGAUGGAGACUGAGGUGCACGCGGCGGUGACGGAGCUCAGCAGACUUCUGGAUCAGUGCCCGGCCUCGGCCAACGUUGUUAUGGCCGCUCAGCAGCGCGCGGCUCCGGCUACAGUAUCGGAUGUGAAGAGGGAAGAAAAUGAGAGCGAAGUGAGCGAGGAGAGUCACCCGUUUAAUAAAGCCAUAACGGACCAGUUUGCAUCCCUCAUGGAAACGUGGACCAAAGGCGCGGUGCAGAAAAUACUGACGGUGUUGAAAGUGUCCAUGUGUGAAGCGGAGGACGGUCCCGCUGCAGAGCGGAGGGCCGGGCCGAUCGGCGAGACGAAACAGGCGAGCACCAAGCCGAAAGCGGGGCGAGUGGCCGGGCCCAAGAGUGAAUCUGCAUCCACAAGCUCUCGUCAGAAGAGAAAGAAAGCCGAGGAAGGAUCCAAACCAGCGCCAAAAAAGCAGAAUGACCACAUAUAUCACAGAGAAGAGCAACAUACUGAAGAACCAACAGCAGCAGCGGCUGAUUCAGAAUCAGUGAUCACACCUGCUGAUGCAGCCACACGUGAGAGUAACUCUGGCUCCCCGUCUGUGCCCGACGCCUCAGAGCCGGCCUCCGAUGUAAGCGAGGAAGACGGCGUCCAGGAGGAUACAGGCACCUCGACUGGCACAGCCAAAAUUAAAAAGAAGAAGAGCACGGGGCCAUUGAAGUGUCCCUCUUGUGACAAAACGUUUGCUCUGAAGUGUAUGCUGGACAGACACUACCUGACUCACACCAAACCGCACCUCUGCUCCGAGUGCGGCAAAUGUUUCUCCGAGAAACAGGGGCUCAUGGCGCAUUCCAGACGCCACACCGGAGAGAAACCUUACGAGUGCUCCGACUGUGGGAUCGAGUUUGCUUACAAAUACACCUUGGCUAGACACAUGCGUCGGCACAGCCUGAAGAAACCGAGCACCCGCACGUGCGCGCUGUGCGAGAGCCAGUUCGACGGCGCGUUGGAGCUCCAGCGGCACAGGUGUGGUGCCCUGAAAAAGACGUUUGUCUGCUCGCUCUGCCCCGAGGCCUUCGAGUGCAGGAAGAGCUUGGCCGAUCACGAGAAUCUACAUUCGGGCGACAGAGAUUUCGUCUGCGAAAUGUGCGGCGAGAGCUUCUUCUCGUCCUCGUCCCUGACCACCCACCGGGUGACUCACGGGCAAAAGGAAAACUGCUGCGACGUGCUCGGCCUCGGAUCCAGCGAUGCGAGCGUCCUCGAAAAUCACCUGAGCAGACACACGGGAGAAAAGCUGUUCUCCUGCGAGGUUUGUGGUAAAGGCUGCAGCCACCGGAGCGCCCUGAAGCACCACAUGCUGACGCACACGGGGGAGAAGCCGUACGUCUGCGAGACCUGCGGCAAACGCUGCGGCCACGCCAGCGCGCUCCAGAACCACAUGAGGAUCCACACGGGGAAGAAGCGGGGCCAGCAGCCGGUCUGCAACGUGUGUGGCAAGAAGUUCCGCUGCACGGUCAACCUCAAGUAUCACAUGAGCAUCCACACGGGGGUGAAGCCGUACGCCUGCGAGCAGUGUGACAAAAAGUUCAGCAACCCCAGCAAUCUGAAGAUACACAUGGCGAUUCACUCAGGGGAGAAGAGGUACGGCUGCAACAUCUGCGGCCGGAGGUUCACCCAGUCCAUCGGCCUCAAGCUGCACCGGCGCGUCCACACGGGAGAAAAGCCGUAUUUCUGCGCGGUCUGCGGGAAAGGAUUCAUGCACUGCAGCGACUUCAAGAAACAUCAGAGGGGUCACCUGCCGGUUGAGCCGGGAGAUGAGCAGUCUGACAAUACUGCUGUGAAAAACUGAAACGUUUGAUUGCCGUAUGGUCACUUCUUGUACUUAUAUGUUGACAUACUCUACACUGGAAACAGGGCUGGGCAAUGUGACAAUAUAUACUGUGAGAUUUGUCAACCCUCAUACAGAGUUUUCAAUCCUCUGUUUGUAUUAGAACAUUGCAGACUUCAUUGCAAGUAUAACAUUCUCAACAUUGACCAAAAACAAUAAAACCUUUAAACACUCAGCAGGGCUUGAGAGUCAUUGGCAACAAUUUGGAGAAAUUGGCGACCAAUUCUUGCCACUUUUUAAAUUUAAGAAGUGGACAAAAACAAGACUCUAAAUGAAAUAAGCACCUUUGUUUAAGCCACAGAAACCAUUCGAAUAUCAAAAUGUUCAGCUCUUUCAGGAGAGGUGUGAUAUGACUUUU